AUGGCAAGUCUAGAUGGCCAGAUUCAGCACCUGCUGGCCUCACCGCCGGCCCUGCUGCAGCGGGAGCGCUAUGCCAAGCUGACAGCUGGGAUGGGCCUGGAGGUCCGGCUGGAUGCCGGCGGCGGCAAGGGCAAGGGCGUGUUUGCCACGAAGGGCUUUGGUGGCGGGGCGUUGCUGUUCCGGGAGCCGCCGCUGGCCUUCAUGCAGCACACCGCCAACCGCCCGCAGGCCUGGGUGUGCGCCCGCUGCUUCUGCUUCAUCGGAAGCGUUGAGCAGCAGGUGGCGCGGCUGAUCAUGACAGUGCGGGAGGGGGCUGAGUCGGGGAGCGAGGACGCCUCCGCCAGCAGCAGCAGCGACAGCGGCAGCGGCGGCGGCGGCGGCGGGCACAGCAUGCACCGGGAGGCCGCGGCGGCGCUGCGGGAGGAGCAGCUGGAGGGGCUGGCCGCAGGCGCCCUGAAGCUGCCACACACCGAGGCGGUACCGCUGCCGACGCCUGCGCGCUGCCCUGGGGGCUGCUUGGAGGAGUGGUACUGCAGCGACUCGUGUGCGGAAGCUGCCUGGCAGCUGUACCACCAGCUGCUGUGUGUGGGCCCGGAGGAAGAUGACCAACAGGACGAGUCAGGCAGCAGUAGCAACCCCGGCAAGGCCCCGGCAGCGGCAGCAGCAGAGACAGGCGAGACGCAGCAGGAGGAGCGGCGGCGGCAGCUGGCGCUGCGGGAGUUUCUUGAGCAUGCCGACGAAACAAACGACGUGUUUAGGCUGGCCGCCAAUGCUGUGGCGCAGGUGCUGGUGGCCGCACAGCAGCAGCUGGGCUCGCAGCAGCAGCACCGUAACGGCAGCGGCAGCGGCGACGGAAGCAGCGGCAGCAGCAGCGGCGGCGAGCCCGGCAGGGACGCCUGCUGGCAGGCGCUGCUGGCGGGGUGGCAGCCGUUUGCGGCGGGGCACAAGGGGCUGUGGUGGGAGUGCACCGCCGCUCCGCCAGAGGCGGCCGCAGACAUGCGCCAGCUGGCGGAAGACUCGCUGGAGCUGCUGGUGGCGGCGCUGCCGCCCCACCUGCCGCGCCGCUUCCCCGCCCUGCUCUCCCUGCCCAUCUGGGGCUCCAUCAUCGGCAUGUUUGAGCUGAACAACCUUGGAGUGUUUGUGGCCUCCCCGCUCCAGCGCUGGCUGCACCACCUGGAUGCCCUGCCGGCGGGCGAGCAGGCGGCGGCGUUCCAGGCGGCAGGCCCCUUUGUCGACGCCCUCCCCGACGAGCUGCCCGGCUGCGAGGGGAACGCCUUUUACGCGCUGCACAGCUGCUUCAACCACAGCUGCGACCCCAAUGCCGAGGCGUUCAAGCGGGACGAGGACGAGGAUGGCGGCGCCGUGAUCCUGGCGCUGCGCGACAUCCAGGCGGGAGAGGAGGUCACGCUCUCGUACAUAGAUGAGGAGGCACCCCUGGAGGAGCGGCGGCAGCAGCUGGCUGACUACGGCUUCCGGUGCGCCUGCGACAAGUGCCAGGCUGAGGAGCUGGCGGAGGCGCUGCAGCUGGAGUAG